AUGGCGGCAGGAGGAGAAGAGAAGAUAUUGGUGUCGGUGAGGGUUAGGCCUCUAAACGAUAAAGAGACGACGAGGAACGAUAGAUGUGACUGGGAUUGCAUCAACGACAACACAAUCAUCUGCAAAUUCCAUAAUUUGCCUGAUAAGUCUUCCUAUACAUUUGACAAAGUGUUUGGAUUCGAAUGCCCCACGAAGAAAGUUUAUGAUGAUGGAGCUAAAGAGGUUGCACUUUGUGUCCUCUCUGGAAUCAACUCGAGCAUCUUUGCGUAUGGACAGACAAGUAGCGGGAAAACGUACACGAUGAGUGGAAUCACUGAAUAUGCUAUGGAUGAUAUAUUUGCUUACAUUGACAAGCAUAAACAAGAAAGAAAAUUCACACUCAAAUUCUCGGCGAUGGAGAUCUACAAUGAAGCUGUGAGGGAUCUCCUUUGCGAAGAUAGUAACAUCCCACUUAGGCUGCUAGAUGAUCCUGAGAGAGGAACGGUCGUUGAGAAACUUAGAGAGGAGACUCUCACAGACAGAAACCAUCUACAGGAACUCCUUUCUAUAUGCGAGACUCAGAGGAAGAUUGGAGAGACAUCUUUAAAUGAGACUAGUUCCAGAUCUCAUCAGAUACUCCGACUGACAAUUGAAAGCUCAAACCUAGAAUUUUCUCCAGAGAGCUCAGCGACUCUUGCAGCAUCAGUGUGUUUUAUUGAUCUAGCAGGAAGUGAGCGUGCUUCUCAGACAUUAUCUGCUGGUUCAAGACUCAAAGAAGGUUGUCACAUCAAUCGGAGCUUACUUACUCUAGGAACUGUCAUCCGAAAACUAAGCAAAGGGAAAAAUGGACACAUACCUUAUCGAGACUCGAAGCUAACUCGUAUACUUCAGAACUCACUGGGGGGAAACGCAAGAACAGCUAUCAUCUGUACAAUGAGCCCUGCUCGUAGUCAUCUCGAACAAUCAAGAAACACACUUCUCUUUGCAAGCUGUGCUAAAGAGGUGAUCACAAAUGCUCAAGUCAAUCUGGUUGUCUCUGAGAAAGCUUUGGUGAAGCAACUGCAGCGAGAGCUUGCGAGAAUGGAGAAUGAAUUGAAGAAUCUUGGACCUGCUUCUUCUUCUUCAACCUCUGAGUUCUACACAUUAAUGCUCAAGCAGAAAGAAGAGUUGAUUGCAAAGAUGGAGGAACAGAUCGAGGAACUUAAAUGGCAACGAGAUGUAGCUCAAUCUAGGGUGGAGAAUUUGCUUAAAUCAACAGCGGAAGAGAUAUCAUCUUCAAGUUCAAUGGAUAACAGCAGAAGAAGAAGAAGUUACGAUUCAACAGAUUUUGACGAGCCUCGUAUGCUAAAAAACUUGGGGAAGAGUAACUUGUACUCUCCUGAUGAGGAUGGUUUCCUGCUAGAUGAUACUACCCCUCAAUUUCCGGAGCAUGACCUACAAGAUAAGUGGGAGGAGAUGGCUCAACACACCACCCAAGAACCAGAAGAUGCUUGCAAAGAAGUUAGAUGCAUUGAAGUGAACAAUGGAGAAGCAGAAAGAGUUCAAAUUCAAGACUCAAUAGGCGACAUUGUUGAAAAGAAAGAAUAUGAACAAAACUACAAAUCCUUUAUACCCGAUGAGUCCGAAAUGGAAUAUGCUGAUUCUUCUUUUAAAAAGAUAGAUAUGGAGUUGAGUUUAUAUGCUAAACUUGAAGCUGAAGAUGAGCCAGUAAUAAAGAAGCUACUAGAAGACGUCCAAGAGACUGACCAGUCUCUGGAGAAACUAAAGCAGUCUUCAGUGAAAGAAGACAUGAAACAGUAUUCGUGUAGGGAUGAUAAGUCAGAGCAGGUAACAACAUCACCCGCUGAGGAAGAGAAAAGUGUACAAGUCCAUGAAGGCUCUGACAAACUUGAAGCCAAGGAUGAGAUAACUAUGAACAUAUUAGAAGAAUUCCACGAGACUGCGCAAUCUGUGUACAAGGAAGACCACAAAAUUAGUUGGACUUCAAAGAAAGAAGACAUAGAACAGAUAUCUAUGGAUCAGUCAGAGAAAUUAAAUAAAUCACCCUCUGCUGAAGAGAAAUGUGUAGAAGUAUAUAGAGGCUCUGAUAAAGAUGAUAACACAUAUGAGGCUUUGAAGAAAAAGGUGAAGGAAAUGCAGAAGACAAUUGAAUACUUCAUGAGCAUGCAAGCAGAAGAGAAACAAUCUCCUUCUUUUAAUAGGAUAGAUGACUAUAUGAGUCCAGGAGAUUACUUAAAGAUGAGAAGAAGUCGAAGCUGCAGAGAAAAUCUCUUGUUUACAAAGGCAUCUGUUGCUGCUGCUGCUAGUGGAGGCUUCAUAUUCAAGGCAUCUAACCCAUCCUUUGAUUCAGAGUACACUAUCUCCAUGGAUGCACAGAGCACUAAAGAUUCCGAUACAGAGACUGGCAGUAGUAGCUUCCAUGAAUUUAUCGCAGGACUUAAAGAAAGGGCAAUGCAGCACCAUUCCACACAUGAGCUGGAUCAUAGUGAUACUGAAACAAAGACGAUGAAACCAGAGAACACAGAUGAUGGUGACAAGAAAGCAGAAUUCAAGAGACAACAGAGCCAAAUAAUGGAGCUUUGGGAAUUAUGUAAUGUACCCUUGGUUCAUAGAACCUACUUUUUCUUGCUCUUCAAAGGCGAUCCAUCGGACUUUGUUUACAUGGAAGUCGAACUCAGAAGGCUAUCUUUUCUAAAGGACUCGCCUGAAAUAUCGAGGAAACAAGCUGCCAGAGCACUAACACGCGAGAGAGAAUGGUUGGCUAAGCAAAUACCAAGCAAGUAUGGAAAGAAACAAAGAGAAGAAUUUUACAAGAAGUGGGGUGUUGAGUUAAGCUCAAAGCGUAGAAGCCUGCAAGUAACUCACAAACUAUGGAUCAACACCACAGACAUAGAUCAUUGCAAAGAGAGUGCUUCUCUUAUAGCUACUUUGGUUGGGUUCGAACACUCAACUCUAACGCCAAAGGAAAUGUUUGGCCUUAGCUUCUCACCUACAACAUUCAACAUUAAACCCUCCUCUGGCUGGAGAUUUUCAAAUUCUUUCUCUCGUAUUAGCUUCACCGGAUGAUAACAAAACCAGAUGUAACAACAAAAGUCCAGUCUUUGUGUGUAUAGCAACAGUUUAAGUGAAGCUGUAAAAGAUGUGUAUGUAUGGAUUGGAAUCUAACUCUAGUUCAAUUGGUA